AUGGAGAUUGUCAUCCCGCCCCGCGACCACGGCACCCAGGCCGACAAAUAUGCCUGGGACGACAACGGCGAGGUGACUCAGAUCCGGAGUCCAGAAGAGGUCCAUCUUCCGCCCAACUACCGCGCCACGUGGCAGCCUCGGAGAGGCGCCGUCAGGGGAUAUGGAGCCGAGUACAUCAGCAGAGACGACGACGACGAUGACGACAACAAGUCAACUCUCCGCCGCUCGCUGAUCCCCGACUAUGUCAUCAACUACCUGCGUGGCGAGACCCCCGAGACGGUGGCACAGCGCAAAAUGGAACGACAGCGAGCAGAAGAAGCCCUGUCGCAGGAGAACCUCGUCAGCAGCAGCACCGAUCACGACGGCCGUCUUGGCCUCCGCGGUGGAGGUGACGGACAACCGCUGCCGAGCCCAGACUACCGGCGAUCGGACGAGCCGAUAUGGCGACGCACCAACUCCGACUACUACAACAACAACAGCAACGAAAAGCGUCGCAGCUCUGGUCCGAUGGGGCAGAGGAGGUGGCCAGCACGGCGGCGCCGCUUCGUGGGGCACGGCUGGAAGGCGGGCGUGGCUCUCCACGGCACAAUGAUUAUCAUAAUCUCCGUGGUUGCUCUCGUCGGUCUCGUCGUAGCACGGACGGUGCUGCACCGUGGCGGCAAGUCGAACGCUUUGGCCACUCUUUAUACGAGCCGUGCCGUGCCCAUCAUGGACACGCGUGGCACCUCGUGUGCAGGUGCCCACCCCGUGGCAUGGCUGCUCCGGGCUGUUUUGGCCUUGUUCUCGGUGGCCCUACUGGCUGGCGCGCAGUACGUCUUCCACAUUCUCAGCAGCCCGACGCGUGCCGAGCUCGACGCGGCCCACGCCACGCGGCGAUGGCUCGAUAUCGGGGUGCCGUCGCUGCGCAAUAUCGCAUUUCUUCUCGGACUGCGCAAGGCCCGUGCCGUGUUGGCCCUGGUCGUGGUAGCUGUGGCAAUGGCAUCGACAGUUCUGUAUGGCGCAUUGGUCAACGUUGUCCUUGUCGCUCCGCAGUCAUCGAUGGCGGUGCCUUCAUACAACGUGCUGCUCGUGACGCCGUCGUUCUUGGAUGGUGAUCCGUUUAGCAACGCCUCGUCCAGCAACGCGGGCGGUCUGGACCGGGUUACCAUCCUGCAGCUGCAGCAGUUGGCGUCAAAUACAAAACAGCCAACGCUGACAAACCUCACGGCAGGAGAGUGCCUGGAGUCGCCGUCGUCAGCAUCGACCAUGUCCAUGGUGCAGGCGGGUUUGUCUCUGUUUGACAUUAAUGAUGUCGAAAGUGACAGCGCUGCCACAUCCAUCAGCACCACCAACUUCAGCGCAGUCUUGAUCGUACUCACCGAUGCAACCGUGGAUGGCAUUCAAGCAACAAACAGUUCCGUCGUUGAAACGGCACCGGCCGGGUCGGUGCUUCUGGCCGCCGACGAGAGAUUGGGAAGCAGCAGCAGCAGCAGUUCGUCCGUGUUUCAGAUUACAACCGGCGACAGCGAGAGCAGUGACCGGUCGUCAUUUAUCAUUAACGAGAACACGGUUGCUUUUUGUCUGGUUCAGGAGGCUGUCACAACGGCUGCAGCGGCCCAGUCUGCCAGCAACACGGACGACGCUGCGACGACCAUGUGCAUUGUCACCCUCAACACGUCUCUUCUGAGUGCCGUUGUUGGCCUUAAUAUGGUGACCGCCUUGUGCUUUGCAUACAUGCUGCUCCCACGCAAGGCCCACCGCCACUUCCGACACGCGCCGCUCAUCACACUCGGCGACGCUGUGGCCUCGUUUUUGCGCGACCCAGACCCGACGACGAGGGGCGCCUGUCUUCUCAGCAAAGCAGACGUGGUGCGGCACGGCGUCUGGAAGAGCAUGGUCGACAUGCCUCGUCUGCCCCAGUUUGGUCCGCCACGGACUCGGGUUUCAACUGAAACCAACGGCUCCGGUCAGUCCGCCCAACAGCCGGAGAAUAUUAUGCAGCCCAUGUUCUUGGAGGCCCCGGCGAGUGAUGGCGAAGGUAGCAGCAACAAGAACAACUACUUUUGGUUCCAGUCGGUCUCCCUCGUGCAGUGGUUCGUGGGUGCUGUCGUCUGGUGGACCGUUGUCGGCCUCGCUCUGGCUGCCCUAGUGGUUGUCGUGUCGAGGAACAACCGCCUCGGCACCUUUGGCCAGAUUUCACCGUUGUCGAGCGCCGUGUUCGGGUCGUUGGCAUCGUCGUCGUCCACCUCGUGGAUGACAUCUGUGGCCCUUUUGGGCAGUCUACCGUAUCUGGGCGUCGCCGUCCUCUACUUCGUCGUCGAUACGCAUGUCUCGGGUUACUUCUUGUCGCACGAGUUUGCGCAAUACAUUGCCACCCACCAGCACCAGCGCAACGACCAGCUCCAGCAGCACGGACGCCACCCGCUGCGCGUAUCCUACCGCCCGCGGGGCCACCAGACCACAUCACUGUACCUCACGCUGCCGCAGCCGUGGCACUGGACGCUGCUGACGCUGGUGGCGGGCAUCGUCUUUGCCCUCGGCCAAAGUGUCGUCGUCACGGGUGUGGAGGCCGUGGAGGCCAUCACUUCUGGCAACGACAACGAUUCCAGCUCGACACGUCUCGCCCUCCUUGGCUUCAGCGGUAUUGGCUUGGUCGUCAUCUUGGUCCUUCUGGUUGGCCUUGCUUUUAUGGUGGUCGUUCUUGGUGCACGCCGUACACCGCCGCCCAACGCCUCGCUCGGCGGCAACCCACUGACCCUGUCGGGAGGCUCGUGCAGUGCGGUCAUCAGUGCACGCUGCCACCCGACACCCGAGGAGAUGCCGACCGAGAUGACGAGACGAAACGGCAGCAACGGCGGGCCCUUGCCGCUGUGGCUGCGACCGCUUGCAUGGGGUCCUGUACCGGCGUACCACCACCCUUACCAGGGAUACAACCGACGGCGUGGCCUGACGCGGGAGGGUCUGUUGAGCGAUGGAACCCUGCAAGGCCAGGUGGAAGACGACAACAUCGACAGCAUUGUCGGGCACUGCACGUUUUCGAGUGGGCCGCUAAUGCCCCUGGAUGCCGCACGGAGCUAUGCGUGA